AUGGUUAUGAACUUUAGAGUAUCGGAACUACAAGUUCUACUGAGUUUUGCUGGCCGGAACAAGACUGGAAGAAAGCAGGAGAUUCUCGCUAAAGCUCUUCAACUUGUCAGAUACGGCUGUAAUCCAACAGUGCAAAUGAAGAUCAAAGAACUGUACCGGAGACGGUACCCUCGCAAGAUCCUAAACACAGCUGGCUUACCCAUGUUACACAUACAAACAGGUGCCCUGACAUCUACCAGCUCAUUGACACAAAGCUCAGUGUGCCACCUGGCGUAUGAUGCCAGUUCCAAUUCAAACACCGUUACCUCCUCCAUGUUGCCUCCAGUUCCCAUGAUGGGUCCUAAGCACGAAACAGAUAUCCAGCAUCUCUCACCAGCUAUUCACCCGCUGCAUCCUGAUGUUAAGAUGAAACGUCUUCCAUUUUAUGAGGUCUAUGAUGAGCUCAUUAAACCCACCACAUUGGGUGAGUGUUCCACCGCAACGAGCUGGUCUUAUGCGCCUAUAAUAGGAUGUAUUUUUCCCUUGUAGGCCCCAUGAUGCUUAAAAGGACAUUCUGUGCACCAUAACAACUUCAUUAGAAUGUAGUUAUUAUUGUUCAAGGUCGACUCUGGGUGCCGGUGUUCUAUCAUUCUGCUAUACUCAGUCAGAUUUCUAUACCCCCGUCACUUCCGGGGAGGGGAAUCAGCUGGAUCCUGUGCUGCACAUGCGUGCUAGCACUCCUGCUACUCCUCCACAGCAAGGUGCUGGAAGGUAAGUAAAACUAGUUUUACACUUUCAUUAUAGUUAGUGCAUUCACUAAGCUUAGGACAUGGGACAUUUAGGGUUAAUGUUAGGGUUCAAAUUAGGGUUAGGAUUGGGGACUUUAGGGGAAUAUCACUAAAUAGUGAUUUAUCACACUUUAUUUUAACUCUUACCCCAAGCUUAGUGAAUCCACUAACUAUAAUGAAAGUGUAAAACUAGUUUUACUUACCUUCCAGCACCUUGCUGUGGAGGAGUAGCAGGAGUGCUAGCACGCAUGUGCAGCACAGGAUCCAGCUGAUUCCCCUCCCCGGAAGUGACGGGGGUAUAGAAAUCUGACGGAGUAUAGCAGAAUGAUAGAACACCGGCUUACCUCAAGAGGUUAAACUGAUAGCUGUUUUAUGGCAGAGUUUUGAAUCUGGCUCCUGUCAGCUCUUUCCACCAAUAUCUGUUGCAGUUCCAAGCUUGGAUAAGGAAUCAUUGGACUUGGAGGUGUUGAUAGGCUGAGAGCAUGUGACUUACACAGCCUUCCUAAAUACUUCCUGUAAAGAGAGAUCUAAAGUUUAACCUUCCUUUAUUGUACAGUCUGUUUAAUUUAGAGUUUCUUAUCUCCUGCUCUGCUAAUAGCUUCUUGUUCAGAACCCUCCUGUGUGUGAUUUAAAGGGACACUAUAGUCACCGGAACAACUACAGCUUAAUGUAAUUGUUCUGGUGUCUAUAACCUGUCCCUGCAGCCUUUUUAAUGCAAACACUGCUUUUUCAAAGAAUAGGCAGUGUUUACAUUGCUGUCUAGUAACGCAUUUAGUGGCAGUCACUCAGACGGCUACUAGAAGUACUUCCUGGAUCAGUGCAACGUUCAGCGUCUCCACGUCCUGCAUAGAGGUGCCGAAGUUCCUCAUAGAGCUGUAUUGGUUCAAUGCAUCUUUAAGAAGAGAUACUGAUUGCCGUACAUGCACAUUAGCCUCCCAAUGCUUUCUUUUGAAAAAACAUUGGAUUGCCAAGGAGGCACAGUGGUGGCGGAGCCAGCCACGAGGAGACUUGCAGGAUGUUGGAAAAAAGAUAACUCCCCUUUUUAACAGGGGCAAGGGGGGACGGCCACCUAAACUGAGCAUUUGGACAUAUAGUGUCAGGAAUACACAUUUGUGUUCCUGACACUAUAGUGUUGCUUUAAAGUUCAAUUUACAGAGCACUGGAUAAAAACAUAUGUUAAUGUCAGAUUGAAAAUGAAACCAUUUUUUGUGCAGGCUGUGAGUCACAGCCAGGGGAGUUGUGGCUAAUUCUACAUGGACAGAAACAAAAGUAAUUUAACUUCUAAAUGGCAGAGAAUUGAGCAGUGAAACUGCAGGAGUUAGUUCUGUACAUUAAAACUGCUUCAUUAAGCUAAAUAUUUUUUUGGUAACUAUAGUGUCCCCUUUAAAUAUGAUUACAAGUAGAUGACACCUUCUAAUAUGUGUUGCUGUCCCUUUAAUGUGUCUUUCUAUUAUCCAUGGUUAGUUUAAUACUGUUAAGAUCUGAUUACUUGUAGAGCUGGUAAAAUAGAGCAUUUUAUUCCUUCAAUCGUCUUCUUUUAAUGUAUAGAAAAAAGUGUAUUUUACGUGAGCAUCCUAUAGACUCCAAACAGAUUUGUUAGCGGUUCAGCAAAAUAAUGUAAGGUUUUACCAUGGCUGAGAUGGCAGGUUUAACCAACAUGUGACACAUCAGCCUUAUCCAAGUUUAGCCAAGUUUUAGUGUCUCCAGUAGGACCUCAUGACGUUUCUGUGUUUGUCUUCCAGCCUCCACGAACAGUCAGCGGUUUGAAGAGGCACACUUUAAUUUUGCAUUAACUCCACAGCAGGUUCAUCAGAUCCUCACUUCAAGGUAGGUUCAGUAAUAUCAGCAUAUAAUAUAGUAUUUAUACGCACUGCAUGUCCAUAGCCUCCCAAUACCUCCCAUUAGUGAAACCAAAUUGAAAACAAUUUUUCUGAUUCGGCAAUUUUGAUGUAACAUUUGAAAUUCAUUUUUAAUUCUCCACAAUUUAUCAAAUUGUGGUGAAGUGUAAUCUGAUUUGUAAAAUGUAGGCAUUGUUUCUGCAAUAUAGUCAGGAACCUAGCUGUUCUCGUUAACCACAAUUUGAUUGUUUAGUAAAUGGACGACCUCUUUAGUGUUUAACUCUGGCAGUAUUUUGCAACUGAUCGAGAUACUUUGUUAAUGCAAAACUUUUAAUUGCUCAGAUAGGCCAGGUAUGUUUUCGAAUUGCAAGAUUUAAGGAAAAUCUCUCAAAUUUGACCUGAAAUUGCAAUUUGGGUAUUCACUUAGAGCUAUUUAAAAAGGUCAAUUUAGAUACAAUGUGCAGUCAUGGUUUGAAGCAGUUCAAAAGUCUGAAAAAUAUCCCGUUGUAUACUUUAUAUUGAUGGUUUGUAGAAAACCUCAAAUUGCCACUUUUAUGUACAGUUAGAGAACCUACAUUUUUGAGAGAAGCCAUAUAUCAGAGGUUGAUUGGAUGAUGGUCUUUUUUUUAGUCAAUUUCCUGGUAAAUUGUGCGUAAGUUUUCUUUAAAUAUGCAACUUUGUAUCCAAACUUUUUUUUUUUUUUUUGAUUGCUGCUUGAACCAUUUACAGUGCAGACGUUGAUAUUUUUUUUUAUUUUUGCAGAGAUAUUCUACCCGGAGCCAAGUGUGAUUAUACAGUACAAGUACAACUGAGGUAA